AUGCCCGAGGGCCUGCCGAUCGACUUCAAGAGCCCGCUGAACGGCGUCGUGUCGGCGUACGCGGAGCAGGUGCUCGUCUGCACGGGCAAGGACGACUGGGUUUCGAGGAUCGAGGAGGAGAACAGCGGGGACAACCUGGCUGCGGACCUGAAGGAGCUGUUUGGGCGCGGUGGGACGUACAGCGAUCCGUGGCACAACAUCUCCGUCCUCAACGCCUCCUUCCCCUCCUCCGUGCCGAAGCGGAGCGAGCUGCAGACGACGAGCGCGUACCUCCUUCCCAGCUUCAAGUACGUGCCCUUCCUGCCGCGCGUGAGCUUCGACAGCGUGCAGGCGCUCGCCAAGGGCUACCUGCUGCCGGAGAAGCUGCACAAGAUGCACGACGGCCUGUCGCCGAUCCACCGCGACCGGCUCACGCGCAAGGAGGCGUACCGGUCGCUGCUGUACGGCGUGCGCGACGUCGAGGACGUGCUGGUGCUGGUGUGCGGGCACGGCGGGCGCGACAUGCGGUGCGGCGUGAUGGGCCCGGCGCUUAGGGACGAGUUUGAGAGGCAGCUUGAGGGGCUGGGAGUCGGUGUUGCUAGGGGCCCUGUUGAGGUGUAUGAGGGUGAGACGGAGAGGAUUGCGGCGCCGCCGGAGGGAGAGGAUAAGAGGUUAUCGGCGAGGGUUGGGCUGAUUAGCCACAUUGGAGGACACAAGUUUGCGGGGAACAUUAUUGUUUAUAUACCGCCGAAGAUGAAGAUGGAGGGUGGGGAGAAGCACCCGCUCGCCGGGAUGGGCAUUUGGUAUGGGCGUGUUGAGCCGAAGCAUGUCGAGGGGAUCGUGAGGGAGACGGUUCUCGGAGGAAGGGUUGUCGCCGAUAUGUUCCGGGGCGGCAUCGAUCAGAACAGGAAGAUUCUGAGGAUAUGA